AUGGCCGCGGCGCUGCUCCUUCAGCGGGCCUCGCUGCGUGCCAUCGCCGCGCAGGGCAGCUCGUCGGCUUCGAGGCUAUCCGCCUUCCCCGCCGCCUUCUCCUCUCAGUCGCGCAGCCUCUCGUCCUCGGUCGCACAGGUCCCCGCAUCGCGGGCAGUCGCACGGGACCUCCGCCUCGGCGCCGCAACGGCCGCCGCAGCAGCAAAGGCCCCCGCCGUGCCCACGAGAAAGGAGCGGCGGCUGGCCAUCAAGAAGGAGAAAAAGGAACGGGCCAAGCGCGCUGCCGCCUCGACCGUCUCGGCGCGGCUCGGCGUCGAGACCAAGAGGCUCUCGCCCUUUGUGCGCAAGGACCGUCAGUUCAAGACGUUCAAGCCCAUCACCCGCUCCAUCCGGUGGCUCCGUAUACCGCUCAACGAGCACCUCUACGACGGCCGGCCCGAGCGCUCGCUGACCGUGGCAAAGAGGAACAAGGGAGGCAGGAACCACCACGGCCACAUCACCGUGCGCGGCCGCGGAGGCGGUCACCGGAGGAGGCUCCGCCUCGUCGACUUUUACCGCUGGGAGUCGGGCGACCAGAAGGUCCUGCGGAUCGAGUACGACCCGGGCCGCAGCGCCCACAUCGCCCUCAUCCAGCACAACCGCACCCAGCGCAAGAGCUACAUCCUGGCCCCCGACGGCCUGCGCCAGGGCGACACGGUGCGCAGCUACCGCAGCGGCCUGCCCUCGGACAUCACCUCGACCACCGUCGGCGUCCACGACGAGGAGGUUCCGCUCUCGACCGACCCUUCGGCGCCACAAACGGCGACGAGCUCGCCCACCUCUCCGGCCAGCGCGGCAGACGCCAGCGGCGAGGCUGCCGGCGCCGCCUCGCCGGGCGUGGGAGCGGGGUCGCAGCUCGACCUGGGUAUCUUCCGUACGCUCGCCAUCCGGCCGGGCAACUUUUUGCCGCUCAACCUGAUUCCGAUUGGCACGACGAUCCACUCGAUCACCCUGGUGCCCUUUGGCCCGGCCAAGCUGGUGCGGAGCGCGGGCACGUCGGGCCAGCUGGUUUCGUUUUCGGGGCGCAACGGCGCGGGCGACUCGCACGCCCAGGUGCGGCUGCAGAGCGGCGAGGUGCGGCUGGUGCCGUCGACGUGCUGCGCGGCCAUCGGGACGGUGAGCAACAAGGACCACCAGCACGCGCGGCUGGGCAAGGCGGGCCGCAGCCGGUGGCUGGGCCGCAAGCCCAAGGUGCGCGGUGUGGCCAUGAACGCCGUCGACCACCCGCACGGCGGUGGACGAGGCAAGUCCAAGUCCAACAUGCACCCGCGCUCCAUCUACGGCCACCUGGCCAAGUUUGCGCGCACCCGAAAGCCGGGCACCAAGAACGGCAACCAGAUGGUGGUGCGCGAGCGCCCGCGCCGCAACGGCAAGAGGCUGGGCAAGCCGUGA